CAUGCAUUGUUGUUGAAGAUUCAAACAAGAUACAACAGCUGAUUCGAACCAAAGAACAUCGCCAGAAAUGGCUAAAACGAAAUGGAAUCUGCUCUUCGCCACGUUUAUUUUGUCGUGUGUAUCACUAACUACUCUGAUAGUCUCGCUUUGUACACAGUAUUGGGUUACUUCGGAAGCUUACGAAAGCAGCGCAACUAAGAACAGUGAAAUAAACUACGGACUUUUCACUGGAUCGCUGACGCAGAACUUUCUCUCUAACCCGCGGUACUACGACCUAACACUCACUUGCCUGUAUCAAGAGUACGUUUGUGCAUUCAGUUGCCAAAAAAAUGAAGAAAACCGGACGGACGAAGUGUUAAAACUUUUAAAAGGAUUGCAUCCUGCAGAGUGCCCUGAUCGCAGUUCAAAGUUGUUAUCUAUUGGCAGUUCACCGAUUCCAAACACAUCCUUCCUAAGUAGGCAGACAUCAGUAUCAGUUUUCGAUCGCACCAACUUUAUCAACACUGGGCUUUGGGUUUCAACGGUUGUGUUCAUCGGAUUAGCAAUAGGUUUUGCAACAGCUUCGGCUAGCUUCUCUAUAAUCAACGUACUGUUCAAUCCAGUCGAACCGAUAUUUAAUGUAUUUGGAUUGUUCAUAUGGAACGGAGUGGCAAUCGGUGCUACCGCUCUUUGUAUGAUAAUGUGGGGAGCACUGUUUGCUGGAACUCUAAUCGAUAAUAUCGCAAUAACCGAUACGCUGACGUCACAGUUUCCUUACAGCUCGGCCGGAUUGGCCGCACUGGGCGUUUCAUACUGGGUAUUAUUCUUACCUAUUUUGAUGCAUGGACUUAAUGUGGGUCUUUUGUUAUGGCGCAGGUACAUCAUCAAUAAGGAGCCACUUCCUACGACGAUUGAUGUAGAUCGAUCGGAUUUAACCAUUAUUAUGUUUUGAAUAAAUGUAC